CAAGUAAAUAAAAACGGAAAACUUCAAAAAUGAAUAAACAUUCCAAUUACAAUCAUGUCAAGACAAUAACCAUGAACACGAAUUGAUUUAAUCGGACGAAAAAGAAACCAAAACGUGAUCGCAAAAUUCCAAAAAUUGCAGCCACCAGAAUCGUGAUUGGUGCAGAGCAAACAUCCGUCAACAGUCAAGAAGAACGUGAUCGCAAAAUUCCAAAAUUCUACCAUAGUUCCAACUAUAUAUAUAGGCACAUUGCAUUUUCAUAAACAAGUCAUACAAUAUUAAUUUUGAGAUAUUUGAGCGGUAGUAUCAAGAUUUUUGAUACAUGGAGCAGCAUCAGAAUGAAGCAACCACUGCAUCCUUGGCUGAAAAAGUUACUCCGGCAGUCAAGAAAACCCUCCUAUUAAUCCUGCACUGCAUCCUAUUAUCUGCCGGAAACUCUUUUGGCCCAGUAAUCACUCGCCUCUACUUCCUCCACGGCGGCCACCGCAUCUGGCUGAGAGGAUUCGUUGAGACAGUUGGGUGGCCGUUCACUUUGAUCAUCCUCAUUGUUCUCUACUACCACCGCCGUAUCGCCGGAAGAAACAACGGUAACAACCGCCCAACAAAAUUCAUUUAUAUUCGUCGGAGAUUAUUCAUAGCGGCGGCUGUGAUUGGUUUUCUAACCGGUCUCGCCAACUACUGUUACUCCUUCGGCUUCUCCCACCUCCCUCUCUCCAUAUACGCAGUCAUCAAUGCGACUAGACUCAUUUUCAUGGCCAUUUUCGCUUUUAUUCUCGUAAAACAUAAGUUCACACCGUAUUCUAUAAAUGCGGUGGUGCUUCUCACUGUCGGGUCAUUGCUGAUGGCACUUCAUGCUAGCGGCGAUCGCCCUGAAGGGGAGAGGAAAAGGGAGUAUAUUUUGGGCUUUUGUAUGACGGUGGCGGCAGCGGCGUUGUAUGGGUUUGUGUCGCCAUUGAUGGAGCUAAGUUUCAACAAAGCAAAGCAGGAGAUCACGUAUACACUUGUGAUGGAGGUUCAGAUGGUGAUGUGUCUCUUUGCUACUGUGUUUUGCAUGGUGGGGAUGAUCUUCAACAAUGAUUUCAAGGUGAUUUCGAGGGAGGCAAAAGAUUUUGGAUUAGGAAAAACGAAUUAUUAUGUGAUUUUAUUUGUGAGCAUAAUAUUGUGGCAGUGUUUCUUCGUGGGAUCAAUGGGAGUCAUAUAUUAUGGAUCGUCGUUUUUAUUAGGGGUCAUAGCUACGAUCCAAAUUCCGGUGAUGGAGAUAUUCGCCGUGACUUUAUUCAAAGAGAAGUUCCAAAGCAUAAAGGGUGUUGCUCUUGUUUUAUCUCUUUGGGGAUUCGUUUCCUUUUUCUAUGGCGAGUAUAAGUACACGAAAAUGAAGAAGGGUAAUACACAAUCUACUCUUGAAGUAGUGUAGUCUCGUUGAUGAUUUCCCAUAUAACUGUCUUCAACCUUUAGUGCAAUUAUGAGAUGUCUUGAUUAACUGAAGUUCUAAAACGUUAUCACUAAAUUUAAUAUUGAAGUCAGAAAGUUCAAUCAGAUUUUUUUUUUAAUAUUGAAGUC